AUGUUAUAUUGCACUCCUCUAACUGUGUCUGCUCGCUUUGGUCAUCUGGACCUGGUCAAGUUCCUCUUGGAGGGGCAAAUCGACAGCCUGCAAGCCGAGUUGGAAGAGAAGUGGUUUGCUUUCAAGUGUGCAGUUUUCGAAGAACACACAGACGUCGCGAAAUACUUGCUAGAGAAGUAUCCAGAAAUGAAAAACAUGAAAGUUGAAUCAGCAGAAAGUCCACUGCAUUUGGCAGUGGAGAGUGAAUCUUUGGACCUGUGCCGGUGGAUUGUGGAUGAAGCAGGUGCCGAUUUAAAUAGUUUGAUGCCGAUUGGAAAACCAGAAGAUGCAGAUGAUAUCUACUGUGACUUUUUUCUGAUGCUCCAAAGUGACGUUAACAAAAAAGACGGAAGAGGGAAGACUGCCCUAAACUGCGCGGCCGAGUACGGGUUUCUGGAGCUGCUACGCAAGUUGAUAAAUUCUGGAGCAAAUGUCCAGGAAAAGGACAUAAACGGCUGGAAUGCCUUCCACUAUGCCUGCGAAAACUCCGGUCGUAAUUGCUACGAAAUGAUAAAAUUAUUGCACAGUGAAGCCAAAGAGAAACCCGUGGGAAGUUGCCAAACUGGGUUGCACAUUUACCUCAGAAACUGUGACGGUAAUGAAGGAGAUAUCAUGGAAAUUGUUCGUUUUCUGAUUGAGAAAGCGGGAGUUGACGUGAAAGCAGUGGACGAGGAUGGACGCACGGCAUUGUGUAUCGCGGUGGAAAGAAAGCUGCGUUGCACCGACUAUUUAAUGAUGCAAGGGAUUGACGUAGGAUUCAAGAAUAAAAAAGGAGAGUCGCGUUUACAUUUGGCUGCGAAGAGGAAUGAUUUGAGAGUUCUGAAUGUUUGGCUCAAUCUGGGAGGCGAUUUGAACGUCAGGGACGGAAAAGAAUCUACAGCGCUUCACGUGGCCAUUGUGCACGAAAGUGUUGCGUUUAUAAAGAGGCUCGUAGAGCUUGGUGUCGACGUCAAUGCCAUGCGGAAUGUGUAA